AUGGCUGCACCAAUGUUACCUCCUAUUCGCCUGCUGAGCUGGCCUCUUCGUGAUGUCAUCUCGUUUUGCGUGCAGAAUUUCGUCCCUGUUCCCGAACACCCGUUGCUCUCUGAUUAUCCGCGGAGACCCCGCCCGCAGAUGUGCGGAGCCUGGGUAGAGGCGCUUCCGGAGUUGGCGAUUGGGGGUGACGCCGAGCCCUUGCCAUCUGCCAUCAAGGCUCUUGGUGUCACACUGGCCGCCUUCAGCCAGACAACUAGAGCACCAAUUCCGGAUGCCCUUGAGGCUCAAUGUGCCGCCAUUGGUACUUUGCAGUCCGCCAUCCGCGAUAAUACCGUUUCGCCUUCGAACGAACUGGCGGCUACUAUAAUGUGCUUGUUCGUAUCAGAGAUGCUGCUACCAACCUCAGCUAUGAGCUCCGUGAUCCACGAAAGGGGCAUUGGUGACUUGAUUCGAGUUAAUCAGCCCUCCUUCUACUCCUUUGGGGUACCGCACAAACUCUUUGUUGGAUUCCGGCCAACUCUUAUGCUUCAUGCUUUCCUGAAUCGCAAGUCCACAUUCCUGGCAGAUGACGACUGGAAGAGUGAACCAUUCGAGCCGGGACCUGAAAGUUUUAGAGUCGACGUCUAA